AUGCCUGAUGAGGCAAGAGGGGCAAGGGCGGUGGUGGUGACAGCGGGGGUGGCGGUGGUGGGGGAGGUGGUGGUGGCGGGGGGGGGUGGCGCGGGUGGGGGAGGUGGCAGCAGUGGGGGGGGUGGCGGCAGCGGCGGGGGAGGUGGCCGGGGCGGAGGAGGUGGUGGGGGUGGCAGUGGACGAGGCAGCGGCCGGGGUUGGGGUGGUCGAGGAGGUGGUAGCGGCGGUGGUGGUCGUGGAGGCACUGGCGGUGGCCAGGGCCAGCAGCACACUCCAUCGCCCCAGGAGGUCCCAGAGAAAGGUAUAGUCGCUGUAGGAGCCUCUCGUGGUGACCCUCGUACCCCUGUCUUUGAGGGGUGCUCCCCCUCUCCCCUCUUGCCCUCUCUUGCCUCUGCUGCUGCAACCGACCUCGUUGGUCUUGAGUCGGUCGGUGCGGCGUCUGCCCCUAGCGGGAGACGCCGCUCAGGCAAGGGCAAGGGGGGCAAGGGCGCUGGAGGAGCUGGCGGGGGUGGUGGAGGUGGCGGUGGAGGCGGCGGAGGGGGUGGGGGUGGCGGUGGGAGUGGUGGCGGGGGUGGGGGUGCUAGUGGCGGCAGUGGAGGCAGAGGAGGAGGCGGUGGUGGCGGUGCGGGCGGAGGUGGCGGAGGUGGAGGCGGUGGUGGAGGUAGCGGCGGCGGAGGUGGAGCUGGUCGGGGCGGCUCUACGCAGAGGGCCGGCUCCGGUGGUGGUCAGCGCCAGCAGCAGCAGCAGCAGCAGCGCACUCGUGAGACCUCUUCCCCCCAGCAGCUUCGUGAGUGGGGCCCCUUCUGGCACCCUGUCUGGUCUUGA